AUGGCAGGCACCGCCAACGACUUCCAGAACGGGGCGCCCUUCUACCUCGACUCGUCGCAACAAGACUUGCUGCUCGCCGCGCUGGCCUCCAAUACCAACAACCAGAACACAAACGACAUGUUCGCAACAGGCCUCGAUGAUUCCAAACCGCCCCAUGGCUCAUCACAGUUCCAGUUUCCAGUCGACACGCUGGACCCCGCCUACUUCACCUCUCGAGAACAGUCCACAUCCGCCCAUGCUUUCAGCAACGGCAGCCUCGACGAUACUCCUUUCGUAGAUUACCUCGACGGCGAAAACACAUUUGAUUUCGACGGAGCAGACAGCAAUGGCAUCAUGAUUGGCGCACUGCCUGGCGAUACGCCAGCUGAAUCCAACGACAAGCGCAAGAGUCCAGACGAUGACGACGAAGACGGUGAGGAAGGGGGCGGCAAGCGUCGUGAAGGCGAAGACAAGCAAGCAAAGAAACCUGGCCGCAAGCCACUGACAUCAGAGCCAACAACAAAGCGCAAAGCUCAGAACAGGGCAGCGCAACGAGCAUUUCGAGAGCGCAAGGAGAAGCACCUAAAGGACCUCGAGACCAAGGUCAACGAACUCGAAAAGGCUUCAGACGCCACCAACCAUGAGAACGGUCUGCUGCGUGCCCAGGUUCAGCGGCUGCAGAUGGAGCUUCGCGAAUACCGAAAGCGUCUGUCUCUCAACAGCACCGGACUGAACCGCACACCACCGCUAGCUUCAGGCUUCAGUUCUCAUCUGAGUAAUAGCGCCGGUAACAAUAGCAACUUUUCCUUUGAUUUCCCACGAUUUGGCGGCCUUCCCGCCGCCCAAUUACUGGAUAACAAUUCCCUAUCCAACUCAAAAAAUGGCUCGAUUGCGUCCAGCGCAUCUGGCCGACACAACAGCACUGGACCGAGCAGCCCGGCCAACAACACCAAUGGAUCGACCGCUAACUGUCCAAACGCACCAAAUACGGGUCAAACGACGACCGGUGUACAGCGUUCUAACAGUCUGAAUGGAUUCUGGGGAGCCAACAAGCCAGCAUCUUCUACCAGUGCUACUCCUGCGCGUAGCAGUACUGACAGCUCUGCGCAUUCACAGUCCUCUCGUGUCUUCCAAUUCAACAGUGGCUCGUCAACCCAUUCUGGCUCGCCUUCAAAUGCGUCCACAUCGCCUACCAACCACGACUCUUCAUGUGGAACUUCACCUGAACCAAGCCAUACUUCGCCGAACCAGCAAGCGGACACAGGAGCAGAUGGUUAUGUCUGUCACAGCAACCAAGAAGGUGAGCUCUCCUUCUGCGAAAAGCUCAAUAUGGCCUGUGGCAACACUCGUAAUCCCGUGCCACGUGCCAUGUCCCUAUCUGACGACAAAUCUUCUCCUGCAGUUUUGUCCGCGUCCACCAAGUCGCCCACCCCGCCUGUCACCAGCAUUGACUACUUUGCCAAUCAGAAUGGCGGCCAAUUUGAGCCGACUCUUUUUGGCGAAUAUCGCGAUACCCAGACUGCGAUUGUGGGUGAUGGCGAUUUCACCGGUGGCUUCUUCAACGAUGCCUUCCUCAAUGUCGACUAUGGUAGCCCAUUCCAGUUUGCCGAUACACCAGCAACGCAAAAGACGAAUCUAGUGGAAGAGUCGGAGCGGGCUCGAGAGGGCGAGGAUGAGGUGGUACCCGGAGACGACAUGAGCGCCAUGCUCAACUGCCACAAGAUUUGGGAUAAACUGUCGAGUCGCCCAGACUUCAAAGACGGCACCAUUGACAUUGACAAUCUUUGCUCCGAGCUCCGCGCCAAAGCCCGCUGUUCGGAAAGCGGCGUAGUGGUGGAUCACAAGGACGUCGAAGCCGCGCUCAAACGCCUGCCCAAGGAAAGCAGUUUCGCUUAA